AGAAUUAAUUAUUCAACUGGUAAUGCAUACUUCUAUAUAGUAAUGGAUGUCUAAGCAGUGGAUUGAAUGCUUAGGCAGAACCGAAAAGUCACACAGCGCGGGUUCUCUUUGGCCGCUCAGCACUCUGGAUGAAGCAGCUAGUUGUCUUAAUCGGGUGGGAUGAGCCUGAGGCGUCACUUCGCUCCGUGGUGGCGAUGGAUCGUAACGCUUACGGUUUGACUUGCGUAGGACGCUAGUGGAAGGAUGCUAAGCUGCGCUGUGGCAGAGGUGCAUCAGUAACGCCUGCCGCGCGGCCCAGGCAGGACACUGGAUCACGAUUAUCACCGGCGCAAGGUGGAGCAGUAUUUGGUAACAGAACCUUUCUCACCUUGGCACUAGAAAUUCUGCUUGGAGUACCUUUUUUAGGAAUAGAAACGUGAAUAUGUUAAGUGAAGUUUUCAAGGGUUACUGCUAACAAAUAACAUCAGGAAUGGCUUUGAUAAUGAGAGUUUCUGGAUUCAAAUUUGGAUUCUUGAUUUUCUUAUGGUGAUAGAAUAAGUGAAUUCACCAUUGACAUCUAUUUAUUUUGUGUUAGUGAGAGAAGAGAUGUGGUAAAGUUAAAGCUUCUUUGCCUGGAAAACUGCAUUCGCAAAAGAAACAACGCGAAUCCUCGUAGGACCAUCAUUGCUUUCGUAACAUCAAAUUUAACUUGUGAACAUGGAUUUAACUGUACACUUUGGACGCUGUGAAAUAAACACUUACUAACGUAUGAACCGGUGAACCGUCCUUUUUCAUUCACCACACCAAGGUCGCUGCCCUAACUCUUAGCAUCCUUGUGUAGAACACUUCAACAUCAGUCAUGAGUUGCCAUUUCGUUAAAAUAUAAACGUUUAUUGCCCCCUUGGUGCAGAAGAUGCGGCACUGUCGUAAGACGCUCGCUGAUAAUAUGGGAAGAUGGUCAUAGAUUGUUUCGGCUUAACAGUCUUCAAGACUGCGUAAGCAAUGAAGACAUUUACAUGUUAAUGGAAUGAGUUGUUUUGAUUGAUCGAAGUUUGUUGGCUGAAUAUCGCACUGACAGUUUUAAUAUGAGGAAAAGCAGUGAGGAACCAUCAGAAGUUAUAUUAUAUUAAGGGCAUUACGUGCAGCGUAAAUAAAGGAAAAUGAAAAGGAUUUUGUAAUAGCAUUUUUGUUCACACCACAAGUGAAGAGUCAGAAUCGACUUGAAUGUCUUUCAGAUUUCGCUUUCCAGGAUCAAUCUGUCAGUAUCAUUGCUGAGUGUGUCUUUCUGACAGAAAGAAUCUUUUUCGGCGUUUCUAGGAAGAAGGCCAUCAUUCAUUUCGUAAAAGUUCUGCGGCUUGAAUACGAUGAAGCCGCCGCCGGAGUGGUGACCAUAUCUCUUUAUCAUUCAUCGUGUUAUGUCUCGUGGGAGCGUCCACCAUCCCAGCGAAUUCAUCAUUCUGCCAAAUAGAUGUAGAUUGUUUAACUGUGGACAACAACAAAAAAACGCUUUUGUGGGCCACCACUUUCAAGUGAUGUACAUUGUAUAUUAAAAAAAUAGGAAUUCAUCAGGAAACUACCAUUUAUAAAGGAUGUAUCUAACUGUAAAUGUAUAGUCACGGCAUAGAAUCAGGCAUUGCAAAGCAUGACACCGGCUUUUUGCAUGAACGAAUAUUUUUCGACACAUUCCUCACAGUCUGUCUAGCUACAGUGCAUUUUCUGCUAAGUCAUAAAAUAAAUUUGUCAGCAUGCUCAGCAUGCUCAGCAAACAACUAUGACCUUCUGGUUCGUCGUAGUACAAUAACAAACCAUUCAAAAUGACAUCACGCCGAGUGAAGACGUCAUCUACGGCCAUUAGGGGAAAUCCGUCUGAUAUGAACUUGCUGAGUUGGUAACUUCAUCAGUAAGCAAAGGGAACGCAGCAGUGAAUCAAGUCAUUGGCUUUAAAUCACCACAAUUGACGCUGAUUAAGGCAAAUUAUCUAUAACUGUGGGGUAGCUGGUUGCCUGGAAGUGAUCAAUUUGGAAGUGAGAAAUAUAUUUAUGGGGGAAGAACUCGGCCUGGAUUUGUUUAUUAUCUCGCGUAUUGCAUGAUAGUUCGUUGUUGGAGAAAGCAGUUCGCUUGGACGACGGAGGCAUAAACUAUGUGGAUUAAGCGUGAAAAAGCGUGACUAUCACUCACUCGGCAUAUAAGUGAGAAACUUGGAUGAAAAAUAUCGUCUGCAAGCUUAGAGAGAGGAUUUGUCAUGCCCUAUGUUGUUGGCCGUCUUGGUGAUCAUAAUCCGGGAUCUCUUCUCCAAACCUGAUUGAACCUAAUAAUUCAUCAGCGGAAGUAGCUGAUCCCCGAGAAACAAGGAGCGUCACAGCCACUUCGUAAGGGAUUAAGACUGGUACCAUUAACCAAUUAGGAAUUAUAGACUCGGCUAUGAAAGUAGUCUCUAGCCGUUGAUGGUUGCGAGCUAGCUUUAUGAUACUGGAUGGAAUAAGGAUGCGAAUCGUCCAUUAGCGAUGCUAAGACUGGCUUUAUAUCGAGAGAGGGAUUGGGCUGUGAUAUGACGGGCUCAGACCAGAUGAGUACUAUGCAACAGCUUUCCGGAUCCGGGGUACUGCGUGACCUGUAUGCAGCGUGAUAGGGAUGCAAGUAGCGCUGGAGUAACAGCUGAACUGGUCCGUGGAGUAUCCAGUUGAACCUUCAAGCCAUCGCUCCAGUUCACGGAAUUAGGGAAAGAUACUCUGGACAGGCUUACAGAAUGUUUGCCGUAGGAUACAAGAAUAGAACCGUUUAAGAAAGCGAAUCAGAAAAGGACGCAAUAUUAGGACCACAAUCGUAAGAUUAAAAGAUAGGGAGAUUCCGGCUGCGACGGAUAAACAAUACAGAGAAUUGUUUCCUCGAUGUCUUUUUGAUCGAUACAAGAGGAAUUUACUACAUGUAUUAGUUGAGGCGGAUUUUCAUUUGCGCAUCUGUCAUUGUGAAGGAGUAGCCUUGAAAUCGUUACAAACUUCUUAGGUUCAGCGUCUUUCACGCAUUAAAGGAUUCCGGCAGGAUGACUUGGGAUAGCAACCUUUAGAACUGAACAUAAGGAUAUGGAUUCGCUUGAAGUUCCGCCGCGCAAGACCGGCCGCCAGAGGUCUUUUUCUCUCUUCUCCAAGGACGGCUCCUACUUCGACUGCUUGACGAAAACCAAGCAAACCUUUCCAAACGGUAGGAGGAAGCAUGGCUUUGUGAAACAUGCUCUUGAAAGGAUGAUCGUUCGAAAGUACGGCGAGGAAACCUGGGAGGAAAUAAAGAAUAUCUCCAAUGCACGUUUCGAGAGUGACUUCCUCUUGGGUUUGUUCAACGACGAGCAGCUGACCUACGAUGUGGUGGAGGCCGCCGCCCAGGUGGUCGGAACCCAGAAGGCAAAGAUCUGGGAGCUUUUUGGAGAAAUGUUCUUCGAGUUCUGUGAGGAUUCGGGAUAUGAUAAGAUCCUCCAAGUUCUAGGUGGAACGUUGAUGGAAUUCUUGGAAAAUCUGGACGCAUUACACGAUCAUUUGUCAACGAUAUAUCCGGGAAUGCGCGCUCCGAGUUUCCGCUGCAUGGAGAAAGAAAAUGGCGCUAUAUUGUUGUACUAUUAUUCUGAGCGACCGGGCUUGGAGCACGUGGUAGUGGGAUUGGUGAAAUCUGUUGCACGUGAGUUGCACGGGAAGGAUGUAAACGUCCAGAUCAUCACCAGUAGCGACGACCUAACGUCGAAUCACGUAAAGUUCUUGAUAACGGAAUGCUCGACCGAUUGCCCGCCGAGUCCCGUAUCAUUCCGUAUCUCGGACUCCAUCGACGACUACGGCGGGCUCAUCAGCACCCAGCAGAGGAUCAGUCCUGCGUCUUUCAUAAAGAUUUUCCCGUUCCACUUAGUUUUUAACAGGAAACUCCAGAUAACACAGGUUGGGGAUGCCCUCACCAGGGUGAUACCAGAAAUCGACAACCCGGCCUACACUUUAGGGGACAUCUUCUUGAUCUCUCGUCCCCAGAUCUCGAUAUUAUUUGAACAGAUCCGACAACAUUCAAAUACUGCUUUUGUGUUGUGUUUGCGGCCUAGUAUCGCUUCAAAUAUCAGGCCGGUAUCUGCAACGCGGAAUUCGCCGUCGCAUCUUCGGACACGCUCUCCCCUUCCUGAAGAAGGAAUGGAGGACGGUGAUGACUUUCACAGGUCCAAGAUGCGCCUCAAAGGGCAAAUGAUAUACGCUCCAGAAAGUGACAGUAUUGUUUACAUCUGCUCCCCGUAUGUCUCAAACCUGGAGGAUCUCCACGAACGUGGCUUAUACCUAAAUGACCUUCCGGUUCACGAUGCCACACGAGAUCUAGUUUUACUCUCAGAGCAAUUUCGUGCUGAAUACGAACUGACUCAGCGAUUGGAAGUAAUGACACAACGCCUUCAGCAGACGUAUAAAGAAUUAGAAAUUGAGAAACAGCUGACAGAUAAACUGGUUUAUUCGAUACUUCCACCGUCUGUAGCUAAUGAACUUCGGUUAGGAAAUCCUGUUGAAGCGGUCAAAUAUGACAUGGUCACCAUGCUGUUUAGCGGACUUUGUGACUUCGAUGUGAUCUGCGAGAGGAAUUCGCCCCUGGAGAUCGUCAAUCUGCUGAAUGACCUUUAUACCAAAUUCGACAUGUUGGCUGACCCCAAAGUCAACAAUGUUUACAAGGUUGAGACAGCCGGCGAUAAGUACCUGGUGGCCAGCGGUCUCCCGGAGAAGAAUGCCAACCACGCCAAGAACAUCGCCCUUCUGUCCCUGGACAUGAUUGAUAUAGCCAAGGAGAUUUACAUCGAUGGGGAGUCAGUCAGGCUUUGUAUUGGCAUCCACUCCGGUGAUGCUGUGGCAGGCGUGAUUGGUCAGAAGUUGCCCCGGUAUUGCGUGUUCGGUGACACUGUCAACAUUGCCAGUAGGAUGGAGACCACGGGAAUGGCCAACAGAAUCAACAUAUCAGAAGCAACGUACAGGUGCCUACAGACAGAAGAUGGCCAAGAACAGCAGUUUUCCUUCAAAGAGCGUGGUCCCUUGACCAUCAAGGGCAAGAGAAAGCCGAUCGUGACCUACUUCUUGACGAGGAAGGCACGAAACCUGCCCGCGAUCCUAGCCUUGUUGGAGAACGGUCUGGCCAUGAGAGAGCCUUUGGAAAGUCCACCAGCUGAUCUGCUGCAGCGCCGAAGACGCAGCGAGACGCUGUACCGAUUCCAGGACACUCAACGGAGCGCCCGGCGAAUGAGUGAGUUCAUAGGUGCCGCCAACCAGCUGGAGGUACCAAGAAUCUUCAUCGAGCACCACACGGGGCAGCCCUCAGAUAGUGGUUUCAGCUCUCCAGGGAAGGGGAAGUUCAGCAUUUAAGGAAGGCUUGGCAAUAACUCUAACAAUACGCUAUCUAUGCUGGUGUUUUUAGGAAACCGAUGGAGGGAAUGGCAGAUCGUGGGUUCAUUGGUGCUGCCAAGCAACUCGGGGUAGCAAAGAUCUUCACCGAGUACUGCACUGGGCAGCUACUGUAGAACAUUGCGUUCAGUUCUCGUGCAGUUCAGCAGAGGAAAGGAAUUCAAACGCUCCUCAUUAAAAAAGGGUUUUGACAAACAGGAACAUUGAAUUACACCGUAAGGAAGUAAGGAAGAAUGCUCGCUGGCAUCUACUGGAAUGAAGUCUGCAUGGUACGUGCAUACAUGGGAUUUAGUUGUUGAUGCGUUGCGAUUAGGAGGAGUGUGUAGUACAGCAGAUCAUGUAUGUAUAUUUUGCCAAGUAAUACUGAGCGAAGCAAAAGGAUGUUCUAUCAUGUUACUAAUAAAUAUAUAGAAAAACA